AUGGGCACCGCGGAGCCGGAGCGGCCAGGGAGCAGACGGGCUGCGAGAGAGGAUGGCACAUGCCGGGGCGUCGACGAGAACAGGUUGGUGAGGAAGCUGGAUGCGCAUCUGAUACCGUUGAUCAUGAGUCUCUACCUGUUCAGCUUCGUGGAUAGAGUCAAUGUCGGCAACGCUCGCCUCUACAAGCUGGAAGCCGACCUCGGCCUCUCGUCCCACCAGUUCCAGGUCGUCGUGUCCAUCUUCUUCGUCACGUACAUGCUGUUCGAGGUGCCGUCCAACCUGGUGCUCAAGCUCUUCACCCCGCGCCGCUGGAUCGCCUUCAUCACCCUGUCGUGGGGCCUCGUCGCCACGCUCAGCGGGCUCGUCGACUCGUACGCCGGCCUGGUGGCCUGCCGGCUCCUCCUGGGCGCCCUGGAGGCCGGCCUCUUCCCCGGGCUCAACGUCUACCUCACCUUCUUCUACACCAAGCACGAGCUGGCCCUGCGCGUGGGGUACCUGUUUGUGAGCGCGGCCAUCGCCGGCGCCCUGGGCGGCCUGCUUGCCUACGGCAUCGGCCACCUGGACGGCGUGCGGGGCAUGAGCGGCUGGCGAUGGAUCUUCAUCCUCGAGGGGAUCCCGAGCGUCGUCCUGGGCGUCGUUGCGUACUUUGCCCUGCCCAACGACGCCGCCUCGGCUUAUUUCCUGGCCGAGGAGGACAAGGCCGUCAUGGAGGUUCGGCGGCGGAGAGCCUACGGGAGCACCAGGUCGAGCGAAGACGUCAGCCGCAAGGACGUGGCGAGGGCCUUUACGGACUGGAAGGCUUGGGCGUUUUACAUUGCCCAGUUUGGGGUUGACACGAUGCUGUAUGGAUUCUCCACGUUUCUACCCACCAUCAUCCAGGCACUCGGUAGCUGGACGUCUGCGCAAGUCCAACUGCUCACCAUACCGUGCUACUUUUUCGGAGCGGCCACGUUCAUGGGCGCCGCGUAUCUGUCGGAUCGUCUGCAGCAGCGCGGCCUCUUCUGCGUGGCCUUUGGCACAAUCAGCGUGGUCGGAUACGCCGUCUUGCUGGCGGACGUGGCGGCCCCGGCGCAUUACUUUGCCUGCUUCCUCGUAGCGGGUGGCCUGUACGUUGUCGUCGGGCUACCCUUGGCAUGGCUACCCAACAACUCGCCUCGCUACGGCAAGAGGACCACGGCGACGGGCAUGCAGCUCACGUUUGGGAACGCAGCGGGCGUCAUGUCGGCGUUUAUAUACCCCAAGUCCGAUCAGCCUCGGUACGUCCGGGGCCACGCCGUGUGUCUCGCCAUGGUGGGCAUGGGGACGGCCAUCUACGCCUUCCUGUGGUACUGGCUCCGCAGGGUGAAUGCCGCGAGGGAGAGGGGCCUCGUGAGCGACAAGCAUCGCGGGCUGGCGGACGAGCAGCUGCAGGAGCUGGGGGACGAUUCGCCGGGGUUUCGGUACACCGUGUGA